AGGAAUGUAAAAACAACAAGGACACCAGGUGUCGGGAUGAGGUGUUGUCAAUGAGCAACAGACUCUCCUACACUUCCCACCACUACUCCACUGCAAAUCAGAAAAACAAGCUAAAUGUGACAUCUAACAACCCUUUCGACGAGUCCUCAGAGGGAGACUCGAGGAACCCCUUCAACUCCUCCUCCUCCUCGACCCCCUCCUCUCCCAGACUCCCUGCUAGAGGACACUACAGAGCUGCUUCUGGUGGUGGACAAAACCCUUUCGGCUCCACUACUUCCAGCAGUUCACACAACCCCUUUGGAUCUUCUUCAAAAUCUGCCAGCUCCCAGAACCUCGGCUCCUUGAACUCUCUCAACCCAUUUGGUUCGGUGAGCAGCUUGCCUAGAAAUGUACCAAUGUUUCAAUCUGACUCCAGCUCUGUGGAGAGCCUGACAGUACAGAAAACAACCCCAACACUUACGAGCAUCUCCUCGAACCACAGGUUAUCUGUUGACAGUGUAUCAAGUACCCCAGUUACCUCCCCCACUAGGAACCUGAGUGAUCUAAGGAAGGUACACAGUGUGGACAGUGGACUGUAUGUAGACAAUGGUAGACAAUCAGUCUCUUCUCUGGACAGCUCUCUUUAUACCAGUAGUAUCGCUGAGAGUUCACGAGCUGAAAGUUUGCGUGCUGAGAACUCCCGGCCCGAGUCACCAGUUCCUGAACUGCAACGUGAGCGUCACCAGUCCAACAUGACUUCCAUUCUAAAUGACCCAACCAGGAGAUCUAAGAAUUACGAUGCUGAUUUGUUUACCAGAACGUGGGGUUCGUAUUUUGUGCCUACUCCUGUGGUGCCUAGCAAGCAUCUUCCCGGUGAUAUUCGUCCUGAGCAUUUUAUUCCAUAUUUGAAGUACCUGCUUGGCCCUUACAAAAAUGUCAGGGCUAAGGAAAAAGAAAUGGCUGCGAUUGCUCGAGCUAGAAAAAAGUCCGGUGAGAAUGUUGAUAUAGAUCCGAUCUUUCUGAAAACCGACUUCCGUCUUUCCGACCCAGAUACUUUUGAAUAUGUUCUGCCACAGUCUCAAUUUGAAGGUCAAAUUCAAGUUCAGAAAGACAGGAAAACAUUCGUGGGAAAUGCUGGUCUACCUCAAAGAUCAACAAAGUUGCUGCAAGAAAAAUUGUCUCACAGCCUCGACAAGGUAGAAAUGAAACUGGGCGAACAAGUUGAUAUCAAGUCGCACAAGUUUUUUGAGACAAUCCAUAGCCAAGAACGACUGAGUGAAGAUGCAAAGUUCAUCAGGAGCGACAUCCAGAAUUUGAGAGGUCAACUAUCAGCAGUGGAUACUGGUCUGAACAAGAAGUCCCUGCAGAUUUUGCAUCUUCAUCGGCUCCGAGAUCGUUACAAGCAAUGCCACGAGAAGCUUGUCCUUAUGUCAACUGUGAAACAAGCACAACCAACAAUCCAACUCCUACUGAGCCAAUCUGACUUUGUUGGAGCUCUAGAUCUCAUCACCACAACUCAGGAGGUCCUCCAUGAUGAUCUAAACGGUAUUAAAAGCUUCAGACAUUUAGAUGUGCAGCUCUGUGAAAUGGAGAGAAUGAUCUACAACAUGAUUGAGGCUGAUUUUGUUAAGUUCACCCUGUCCACUCUUACUAUCGAUGACAAGACGUUUUCCGAGAUAGAGGACGAUACCGAUAGAAUCAUAUGUGUACUUUUUGGGUUGUUAAGGAAGAAAAACCUCAACUUUCUACAGACAUACAAAUCUGAAUCCAACACGAUGAUGAAAGCAAAGAUCAAACAAAUCAUAGCUGAACAGCUGUACGAUGUUAACUUUGAUGGUGAUCUGAAGUUGGACGAGCAGAUCCGAUCAUUACCACCAGUCACAGCUGUCAGGUUAAUAGAGAAGGUGUUCGAGGGAAUCACUAAACUUUUAACAAAAAUGGGUAUCACAAACAAGUUGAUUAAAUGUGUGAUAACUUCAGCUGCCAAUAAGCCUGUACCAGAGGAAUUGCUUGAAAGUUUCUCGGAUCAUGCAAAAGCUACUCUCAAUUCUCAGAAAGAUCCUGAAGUGUGUUCCCUGUUAUCUGAUUCUGAUUUUACUAUGAUGGCAGAAAGUAACGACGUUGUGGUAACCUCAUGUGAGAUAGCACAAUCACAAUGUAUCAAGAUUCUAACUCUACGACAACAGAGAAACAACGCGGUACACGAGAGAUUAGACCAAAAUAACCACAUAAAGCUAUCCAGGCUAGUGGAGUCGUUUGCAGUGACCUGUGAGAAGCUUACUAACAGGUCCUCCCACCCGAUCCGAGCCUCCCUGGUCGGACAAAGCAGAGAACUGGUCAAACAGUUCCACCAGGAGCGCCUCACAAACAUAAAACUCCUGCUAGAAACUGAGCGCUGGGUUGCUGCUGACGUUCCGGCAGAUUUCCAGAGGAUGGUGGACAACAUUGUGAAGAACUGCUCGCCUAGCGAGGUGGUAGCCAGACCCACCAGCCACACCAACAACCCUCCCACCACCUCACUGCUGUUCAGUGGCAAACAAUACAUCGUCACCAGCACCCUCCUCCUUGUUAUUAAGAUUGUUGUGGAGUACUGCCAGUGUGUAGUUGAUAUUCCUGUUAUGUCUAAAGACAUUCUUACGAAAACAGUGGAAAAUUUGAAACAUUUUAACGAGGGAACAUGUCAUUUGGUUUUAAAAGCAGGAGCUAUCAAGAACAUUGGACUGAAAACAAUCACAGCAAAACAUUUAGGGAUCGCCUCCCAGUCAUUAUCAGUAGUCCUGCUAUUACUACCCUGGGUCAGGAGCAUCUUUAUAGUGCACCUCCCUAAAACUCAGCACCUCCUCCUGGAUCAGAUCAAUAAUUUAGAAACUGAUAUCCAGGAUCACAUGAACCAGAUCUUCAGCAAACUUAUCAACAUCAUGGGUGAUGUGUAUCUUGGAAGUUUACGGAACUGGCAACCCAAACCACCGACCCCAUCCCCAGCCAUCACCGUGGUAACCAGGCAAACCAUUAAACUCCACGAGGCCCUGGCUUCGCUGCUCCAGCCUUCUGAAAUACAGCUGGUGUUUAGGGGGGUGUUCUGUUUGUUUAGGAAGCACUUUGAGGAACAACUCACCAAACAUGGACUCAUGAACUGUGGGUCUAACCCCAAGAGGCAUGGAAUUGUGGGCGCUGAACUGUCGCACUUCAUCGAUUCUGUCGGUUACUUGGAGUUUGUCGGUGAUAGCGAUGAUAUAUUCCAUGAUAUCGGCACAAGGUAGUUGUUUAAUGAUUCCCAAUGAUUUCAGUUCUGAAUGUUUAGGUUAUGGGUAUGGUAUAUUGCUUUAUUCUUUUGAUGGGUAAUUUUUGUGUUAUGAAUUAUGAAUUUAUGAUCGACAUUUCCGAAUUGCAAUUUUUAAUGCGAUUUGAGGAUUUUGGCAUGAUUUUUAAUGUGAGUUUGUGCUGGCACUAUCACAACGAUUGAGAUUAGAAACAUCUUUUCUACUAGGCAACUCGGUAUUUAGAAAUUUAGAAUUUACGCUUAUUGGUCAGUACUUUUCAUUGAUAACUAUUUAUAAUUAAAUGAUGAAGUUAUAAAUUUAAAAGUACUAGCACUUGCAUCGUUGGAUAUUUUAAAUUGUUGGAUAUUUUAAAUUCAUAUAUUCUGAUAUUGUGCCAUGAGAUGAAAAUACUCCAAUUUUGUUCAGUGUAAAUUAUGAUGUGUGUUUGUGACAUAAAAAUACGUUGUUUUAACAAAAAAAUUGUAUCUAAAAAGCUAAAGCGAUUAUAGAAAUCCUCCGUACAUGACGAUUGAAUUUGCUAAAGUAUAAAACUGUAAAGUAGGCAUUUCUCCCGGAUUAAGCUCUCGUAUUAUUAAAAUAUGUUUAGAUUGCUUUAACACAGUCUUUAACUCAAUUGUUUUAUGCAAGUUCUAGGUGAUCUAGAGCUCCUAACAUUGUUUGGAAUGGAUAUAAUAUGAUAUAUUGCUAGUUACUGAUACUAAGUUUUAAAUUAUUUUUCUAUUUUCAUUGGAAAUUGUCCCAA